AUGUACACCACUACUGCCCGUGUCGUCAAGCCAAAGCUGUCCUUGAGCAUCUCUGCUGUGCAGAAUGCUCCUCGGCCAACAUUGUCGCUCAAGUCACCAGUUGCUCUUCCUCGUACGCCUGUCUCGCCAAUCUCCGCGGCGAGCCCGACCACCAAGAGAUUCUGCUCACUGCAAGUUCCAAGCUAUGCAUACACAAACUCUUGCUCAUCGAAGAGCAUCCUCAAGAAGCAGUCGUCCUCGCGCGCUGCCAAUGUUGACAAGCGUAUACAAUUCAAAGUGACACCAACUGUCCACUGUGUGACGCCCAUUGAGAACCCGGACGAAUAUUACGGCAAUUACAUGAAGAUGUCACGAGAAGAGCGGCGAUGGACGGUUCGACACAAGGCUCCAUUUGAGGGCUUCUCCGGCCCGUGCGCGUCCGAUCUUUUUCGCCCCUGUCGCCGGUCAUCGGCGUUAAAUGCAAGGAGAUGUUUGAUCUCCCGCCGUGGCUUGCUCACGUUGGCAAUUGAAACGUCAUGUGAUGAUACGUCAGUAGCUAUCGUCGAGAAAACAAAGAAAGACUCCGGAAGCGCAGCCAAAAUCCAUUUCCUUGAAAAUGUAACUGCAGACACGCGCGCGCAUCGCGGAAUUCACCCUAUCAUCGCCCUCGAAUCCCACCAAGACAACCUCGCAAACCUCGUACAGAAAGCCCUCAAUUACCUACCGGAGUCGAAAACAGGCGAUGGACUUAAACUGGCGGAUGGAACUCGUCGCCGCAUCCCCGAUUUCAUAUCCGCCACAAGAGGCCCCGGAAUGCGGUCAAACCUAUCCGUUGGCCUCGACACUGGAAAAGCGCUGUCGGUUGCAUGGCAGAUCCCCAUGGUCGGAGUGCACCACAUGCAGGCACAUCUUUUGACACCAGGGCUCGUAUCAUGCCUGGAAAAUGAAGCCAAGGCCGACCCACCCGCAACAACGCCGGAAUUCCCUUUCCUUUCCAUUCUCGUCUCUGGCGGUCAUACAACUCUGGUUCAUUCCAAGGGUCUCACAGAUCAUAGGAUCCUCGCUACAAGCGAAGAUAUAGCUAUUGGGGAGGCGCUCGAUAAAUCGGCACGAGAUAUCCUACCAGAGUCUUUGCUCCAGGAAGCUAAAAGCACCAUGUACGGCAAGAGUCUGGAGCAAUUCGUCUUCCCUAAUGGCAAGGCCGAUUUUGAGGAUUACUCGGCACCAGACUCUCGGGGUAAAGAAAUAGCCAAGCGCAUUAGCGAUUGGGGCUGGUCUCUUACGACUCCAUUUGCCAAUACGCGGAUCUUGCAGUUUAGCUUUUCUUCGAUUUCGAGCAUGGUUGGGAAGAUCGUUCAAAGAAACAGUACGAAUAUUAAAAUAUCAGAUGCAGAGCGUGUCGAUCUAGGCCGGGAAGCCAUGCGCGUCUGUUUUGAGCAUCUUGCCUCACGCACUGUUAUCGCUCUAGAGACUCUGCGGCCGCAUAAUACUGGCAAGGAUGAGAUCAAAACCCUUGUUGUCAGUGGCGGUGUUGCCGCCAACCAGUUCCUUAUGAAAGUGCUCUCUUCAUUUUUGGAAGUGCGCGGUUUUGGCAAUAUCAGGAUCGUUGCUCCGCCUCCGUAUUUGUGUACCGACAAUGCGGCCAUGAUUGGGUGGGCGGGCAUUGAGAUGUUCGAGGCUGGCUUCCGAUCUGACCUCAGCUGUCGUCCUAUACGGAAAUGGACCCUCGACCCACGUGCUGAUGAUGGAGGUAUCCUUGGCCCAGGAGGCUGGAUCCAAGAGCGAUGA